CCGCCCUCACGCGACAUGGCGCCGCCCGCCUCACCUCAUCUCCCCCUCCCGGCCACGUGACGCGACGCCGCCGCCGCCAUCUUGGUUGAGGGCAAUGAGGCCUCCGCCGCCAACUUGAGUGCGGGGUGAAGGAUGCCGAGAAGGAGGAAGCCCGCAGAGGGCCCUGACUCUCGAGGUCAGGAUGGGAAGGAAGAGGAGGAAGAGAAGAGGGGCCCGGCCAACGCCAAGAAGAAGCGCAGUUUUGUGGACGCGUUUAUCGUUAUAUCUGACAGCGAUGGAGAGGAGUCAAAGGAAGAGAGCGGAUUGCAAACGAAAAGAACAAAACAGCAGCUGGAUAGAACGAAGUUUGCUGCUAAAAGAAAAAUUGCACAGAUGACUGAAGAGGAACAGUUUGCGCUGGCCCUGAAAAUGAGUGAGCAAGAAGCCAGACAAGUGAACUGUCAAGAAGAGGAAGAGGAGGAACUCUUGAGGAAGGCCAUUGCUGAGAGCCUAAACAGCUGUCAGCCCUCAGAGUCCUCUGAUGCAACCCCACAGCUGUCUGAAGAAGCGCUGGGCGCACAGGGCCAAAGCCACCCUGCUGAGCAAGAAGGCUGUGAGAUCCUGGGAGGCCUGGCGCUUUGCCCUGACGCCCCUCGCUCUGAGUGCAGCUCCCACUCGCAGAGCACCAGAGCUGAUGGGAACGGACAGAUGGAUGUCGCCCGGAGCCCCCUCGUAGUGUUGAGGAGGUUAAGCCAGGAAAUUGUUGAAAGCUCACUAGUAUCCAGCAUAAUCGUGUCUCCGGGGAAGAGCCAGCCUUUGACAAGGUCAAGUGAAAAGUCUUCCUCGCCACCUAAAAGUGAUUCCGGUAACGUGUUACCCAGCACCCUGGGAGAGGACCUCAUGUCUCUGAGUCCCGUCUUUGGCAGGGUGACUCCAGGCUCCUGGCGACUGACGCCUCGGAGACUGUUCACAAGCCCCUCCGGCUCUUCCAAAACAGCGGGCCACGAACCAAAAGAGCAGCCCCUGCCCUGCACUGGCUGUUCUGCGGGAGAGGCCAGUGCUGGGAGCUCGGGCACCCUGUGGAAAAGCUGGGCCGUGGAGGAGGGUGGCAGUCCCAGGAGGAGCGGUGGAGGGGCAGGUCACAAACACACCUCACAGCCCAGGCACGCUGCCAGAGCCUGUGCUUCCACAGAGCAGAAGGAGGUGCCUGACAGUUCCCCUGAGGUUUGCAUGCCAAAUGUGGCGGACGAGAAGCACAAGCAGGAGGAGGCGAGAGACACAGUACACUAUUACUGGGGCAUCCCCUUCUGCCCCAAGGGGGUGGACCCCAACCAGUACACCAAAGUCAUCUUGUGUCAGCUGGAGGUGUACCAGAAGAGCCUGAAGCAGGCUCAGAGGCAGCUGUUGCAUAAGAAGGAGUUUGGUAACCCAGUCGUGCCCAGUUCUUCUUCCUUGACCCUAAAUGAGCUUGGGAAGGGAGAGCAGAUAAGUAGAGAGAAUGGGGUUGCUGAUGAUACUGAAGAUGGAGACCCAGACAUGCAGAAGGAGUGUGAGAGCAUCACCUGGCUCCUCCCUUUGAAGAGGAGGGAGGCAGAAAGUCCAGGGCACAACGUGGAAGAAGAAAAGAACUCCGCUUCCGAUGACGAACCGACCACGAGCUACUGCCAGGCCUCCCAGGUGCUGUCUGCAGAGGAUGUACGCGGAGACGGGGAACCCAUGCAGACUGCACAGAGCAUCUCCAUGUUGACCCCACUUGGCAGUAAAAGGAGCCCAGAUAUUGCCACAGAAAACUCUGCUGAAGAAGAGAUCUCCGUUUGCCCAGAGACCCAGCCGAGUCCGCUGGAAUCUGCUGAGCCAGAGAGAGAAGAGCUCUGCUUGGCCAGCAAGGAUGCACCUAUGCAGGCCAGUGACGAUGAAAAUGCUGGCAGGGCUCUGGCUGAGGGCAGUCCCACAGCUGCUGACCGCGUGUUGUGCCCAAUGUGUGACAAAGGCUUUCCAGCUGCAGAGAUCGAGCUGCACGCUAUGUACUGCAACGGCGUCGUGGGAGAGGAGCCUGGCAAGGACAGUCCAGUGCUCACCCGGCAUCAGAGAGAGGCCAGAAGUAAAGCUGCCGGUGGUAACAGCGGCCCAGCGGCCUCAGACAUUGACAAGUGUGAGAAGUGCUACCUCUGUAAGUCACUGGUGCCACUGCUGCAGUAUCAGAAGCACGUGGACAGCUGCCUCCAGGCUGCUAGGCAAGCUCAGGGAACCAGGAGGCUGCGAAGCGCCAAGGUCGUGGGAAGGCACGAGAGGGGACUCCUCAGCAUGCUGGAGCUCUCGGAGAGCAAGUCUGCAGGUGCUGAUGCGGGGACCCCCCUCGCUGGACUAGGACGACGCUCCCCUCCCGUGCUCCCAGCCCGUGCCGAGGAGGAAGAAGAGGCGGCCGGGGACAGCGCGAGCUCCCUCCCGUGCCGCCCUUUAGGCACCUCCGCGGUGCCACCCGCCACGGGCUGCUCGCUGGGCUCGGAGCCGCGCUCGGCGCACCGCUUGGGCAGCCAGCAGCAGCCCAGAGCCUGCCGCCGGAGGAAGCGCAAGUUCUGAGAGCUGCUCCCGCUGCCUGCUGCUCCCACACCCCCCCCUUUUAUACGUUUUCUACGCCGUGAGCCGAGCCGGGAGCGUCGGGCGGAGCAGUGACUGUGUUUUAUAGAUGCCUGCGCGGCUUCGUUCCCUGUUAAAGAAACGGAAAUAUAUUUAUGUAUGUUUUUAUGAAACUGCA